AGUUGGAAGACGCACUUGUAAACACGUUUUACUAUUUGGUUAUUAUUAACUGUCAGGCGUAUGAGAAUAAAAUAACUCCAGUAUGCAGAUAAUCUAUUUGUAGCAUCCGGUGAGUUAAAAACCCGGAACAAACCAAACAAGCUGCUAGUUAGCUAGUUGUUGUUAAGUUAGCAUGUUAGCACGUUAGCUAGUUGGUAGCAUCAUGGAUUCGUUGACUAUAGUUGUGGAUGAAGUGGCUUUGGAGGGUCUGGACGGAAUAACUAUCCCCUCUCUGUGGAUAAGAUUAGAGAAUAGAAAGCCUGCUUUUCCCUUGAAGCUUGAUGACCUCACCAAGGAGCUCGUCUGGAGGUCCCUUAUCAACAACACCGAGCUGAAGCUGUACCAGCUGCCGCAGGAGAGAGACGAUGUGGUGCUGUUUGACAGGUUCAAAGGCAUCGACCCAGAAACGGGCAUUGAAACAAGACAGAAUUUUUCUGACAGGAAAGAUGUCUACCCGGUUGAUAUGAUUCUAGAAAACAAGAAUGGGAUUCAGGGCUCCUGUGCAUUAUUCAAAGAGAGGAAAGACAUCACUAAAAAUGUCCGCUCAGAGUCCCUCGCCCCCUUACUCAACCUGCAGGAGGCUUUGGAACAAUAUGGCCGAAAGCUUGUCGUGGCGGCGUGCCAGACGCUGCGAUUCAGGACCCUGAUUGGUCCGGAGAGCGAUCCUGAUUUGAAACUCAACGACGACUCUUACUGCGUGCUGGAACGAGUCGGCCGAGCUCGAUGGCAAGGAGAGCUUCAAAAGGAUCUGCACGGAAGCUCCUUCAAGAUCGAUGCUCGGAAGCUGCACUACAUGAGGAAGGAUCUGGUGAAACACGGCCUGGUCAGCAUGCAGUCUCACGUCACGCGAGUGAUCUCAGGACAGCAGCAGCACUCCAUCCUGCUGCUGCUCAAACGCUUCUACGUCAACAGGAGGGCAAAAUACGACAUCCUAAUGGAGUACAUCUCCAACCUCCUGCAGCAGUCCCCGGGUCAGUUUGCCACUCUGCUCACUCUGAAACACCACCUGAAUGUGGAUGACAGCACUUUCAAGCGUGUAUUUCAGUACAUGAGAAAUGCCAAGUUGGCUGAGUUCUGUCAGUACCCUCUGGAGGAUUUAGACCCAUCAGCCGGGCCGUGCAUCAACAAGAAAGGGAAGAAAGUGCUUGUGCGCUGUUUGAGAUUCUUGAAGCCGUACACGAAGAAGGGCGUCACUGAUGAUGACGAUGAUGACGACGAGGACGAUGAAGAUUUCCCAGCAGGGAGAAUCGGAUCUAAUCCUUCAGAGGGGCGAAUCAUGGAGAGGGACGUCCUGUCGCAGGCCUAUAACAUGGUAUUAUCCACUGGCACAAAGGGAAUCGCUCAGCGCGGGAUCAGUUAUAAGGUGAAUGUCGGGAAGCUGGAAUCUCGUAUGAUCUGUCGACGGCUGGAGAGGGAGGAUAUGAUCAAGGGAUUCAUGGUGGACCAGGGUCGACAGAGGACGACACAAUUUAUCAGCCAUAGGUUUGUUGGUGUGAGUAAUCGACUCCAACGGUUUGCUAAGGAGCAGGAGCGGACGAAGCUCCUCUACUCCUCUGCACCACAGGCAUUAGAUGUUGAUGCGCCAUCCCCUAAAUCACCACCAACUGCCAAACGGAAAAAAUCAACCUCCAAAAGCCCGGCAGCAAAGAAGUUUAGGAAAGCAGAUGGCGGAGGAAAGGAGGCUGUAGAGGAGGAUGGAGAAGUGAACACAGAAGUUAGAGCCUUGGAUGGAGAGGGAGGGGAAGCAGGAGGAGAGAAAAGCAAGGUGAAAGCUGAGCAUCCUGAGAGCCCUUUCAUACAAGCAGCUGAAGGUGAAACCGCAGCUUGCAGUGAAUCAAACAGCAGUGCAGCACCUGACUCUGUGUCCACUCCCACAGCAGAACCAGCUGGAGUCAAAGAGGAAGAUCCCAACUCAAAUCCUUUCAGCACUUUUCCUGAGAGUGAGGCGUCGAAAGCAGCCAACAACUCAGGAGACAACGACGUUGUUGUUGUUACAGAUUUCUGCAAGAGACCGGCCAGGGUUCGUGUGAAAAACAAAUAUGCUUUGGCGAGAUCUCACGAGACGUUCCGCCUGCUGAGGAGGAAGAACCUGAUCGUGGAGGCGGUGCGCAACUUCAAAAUCAUCGAGGGUCUCUUCCCGCUGCAGAAGAUCAUUACUGACGACGAAAAGAAGGAUGGAAUCAACACGAGGUGCUGCAAGAAGACUAUCGUACGCACCGUGGACAGCCUGUCCAGAGAAGGCUUACUAAAGGUUUACAAGACCACCAUCAUACAGGACGGGGUCACCAAGAACGUGGAGAUGGUCGUUCAUCCGUCCGUUCAGCCCACCGAUGAAAUAGUGACACGACUCAUCGAACAGAUCCGCUUCAGAAUCUCCAGUUCUUACUCCACUGUACGUCAUCAGCACGCUGAAGAGAAAGCCAGGGAAGAAGGCGCCGCCCCUGAAGAUACGAGCGGCAGCCCUUCCAGAGCCAAUAAGAGAGACAAGAAGAAAAAUAAAAACGACGAGUUCAAGCCCACAACAGUUAAGGGAUUGGGGAAGACUCUUGGAUUCCAGCCUAAGAUGCAUCGUAUGCGUGUUGUUCAUAACUUCCUCUGGUACCUGAUAUACGGGCACCCGAGCAAACAGAGCUCCUCUGACUCCCCAUCGACCAGCGACACGUCGGCACAACAGAACAUCUCUGAUCCCGAUCCCAAACAACGGAAAGACUCCCCGAACAAACAAACACAGCCGUCUGUAAACACUGACUCGCCCAACUUAGAUGUGAUAUCUUCGGGUGAUGAAGAGGGGGAGCAGAAGGAUAAAUCGAUACCUAGUGACUCUCAGUCCGACUUGAAAGUAGUGUAUUCUGAUGAGGACUCCUGGAAGAAAUUCAUUCCUCCUGUGCGUGUGCACAAGGGGUUUGUCAGCGGCUGGGCGAUGGUCGGAGACAUCCUCCUCUGCAUGCCGCUCUCCAUCUUCAUUCAGGUCAUACAGAUCAACUAUAAGGUGGAAGGACUGGAGGAAUAUCUCAACGACCCCGUGAAGCAGCACCUUCUCAUCCGAACGCUGCCGGCCAGAAUGAGAAGACAGCUGCUCUACAAACGGAAAUACAUCUUCGCCUUCCAUGAGAACCUGCAGAAGUUGGUCUACAUGGGUCUGGUGCAGUUUGGGCAUGUUGAGAAGUUCAAGGAGAAAGACCAGGUGUUUUUGCAUGUGAUGCGUAACGCCUCCAUCGUUGACACCACCAACGCCGAGCCUCACUACUGGCUCGUCACGGAGUCCUUCGACAAACCCUUCGAGCAGCGCCACUACACGUUCAACAGCGCAGAGGACGUGGAAAACUACUGGUUCGACCUGAUGUGUGUCUGCCUCAAUACACCACUGGGGGUGAUCCGCAUUAAGAGAAAUCCCUCUGAGGAAGAAACUGAUCCUUCCUUUGUGCACGAACGCAACGUCUUUGUGGGACUGGCAUACCUGCUCAAGGGAAAUCUUGAAGUGUGUGACGACGGGUCGAUACCCGGAGACGGUAAAGGAGCCGGAGGUUUGCACUCUGAAUUCUUCGCUCAUCUUAAACGCAACUGGUUGUGGACCAAUCAUCUUCUCGCUGUGAGAACGACCCCAAGUGGCAUAGAGGCGAAGGAGAAUAAAAUCAGACUGAAGAGCCUGCUGAGUAAAAACUCUCUCAGGAUCGCACUCAAAGCUGCAGGAACUAUUAACCCUCGUUAUUCGACUGCCAAACGAUCACUGAUAGCAGAAACUAUUGAGGUGGAUAUUGAGCCUGCGUCCAGAAACCAGCAGGUGGUCGGAGGAAAGAAACAGAAGAGGAAGAGAACCAAGAAGGAGGUCGCCAAGCCCCCACGCAAGAAGAAGAAAGAGCCAAAGAAACGCCUGCCGGCUCACGACGAGGCCGACCACCGAGCUCUGAAGAUGAUGACGAGGCAGAGAGUGUACUGGUCCGUGCAGGAGGACUCUCUGAUGAUGCUCUGCAGAGUGGCCUCCAACCUGCUCAACAGCAAGUUGAAGAGGCCGUUCGUACCGUACGUUGUGGUCAGAGACCUGCUCCACGCAGAGUUCGAGAUCUCGAUGGAUAAAACAUCCGUCGCUGUCGGACGUCGAACACGAUACAUCCUCAAAAAUCCUCAGACGCUCCUGAACUACAGGAUCUGUCUGGCUGAGGUGUAUCAGGACAAACCUCUGAUGAGCCUUCUGGAGGAAAACAAACCCGCCGAUCCCAGCAUUGUCGAGGAUUGUGCAAAAUCGUUCUUGGAGUACGCCCGGCUGCUCCGACAGAAGUUCAGCUCUGUGGUUCUGAGCGCUCGGGAGAUGAUCAUGCCCGACACAAAACGCCAGCUCUUCUCACGGUUCAAGGUCUCAGCGAUAGAGAGUGGAAAACGUGUGUCAUGGAAAGACAACAUCAACUCCAAGAAUGAUAUUCAUGCCAUAGUGUUACAAAACUUGAUCCAAAGCACUCUGGCCAUGACCAACAAUCAGAUGAAGGCGUCCAGAUCCUUCCAGACCUUCCACAUGUACAGUAAGUAUAACCAGGAGAUGCUGUGCCAGGCGUUCAUUCAGUGCAGGAAGAGAGGGCUGGUGAACCGGCGCCGCAUCAAUCAGGCGUUCGGACCGAAGAAGAACCGAGCGCUGCCCAUCCUGCCCAUGUCCUACCAGCUGUCCCAGUCCUACUACAGGUGUUUCUCGUGGCGUUUCCCUAACUCGUUGUGCACCGACUCCUUCCGCUUCCUGAGGAGUCUCAUCAACAACGGGACGUCCGACGACAAACCCGUCACUGCGUUCUACAAUGAGCCGGAGAACAGGUCGGAGAGCGGAGACGUGGUAACGGAGAGAAGAGCAGCAUCGGAGAAGAAGAAAAAACAAAACAAACGGGAGGAAGAAGGACCAGAGAAGGAACCAGAGAAGGAACCAGAGAAGGAACCCAGUGACUCUACAAAGGAGGGAGAGAAGGACCAAAGUAAAACGGAAGGAGAAGAGGAGUUAAUGGAGGUGAACGAGGAGAAAACUGAGGAGAAAAACAAAGCAGAGGAACAGAAGAACCAGGAAGACUCGCUCACAGCUGAUUCUACUGAAGAUCCCUCCAGCAGCGAGCAGACGGACAAUCCUCCACCCAGAGAGGAGUCUCCAGAUGUUGCUGCUCCUCAGAUAACUUCAGAUGAGUCUCCAGAUGUGUCUGCUCCUCAGAUAACUUCAGAGGAGUCUCCAGAUGUGUCUGCUCCUCAGAUAACUUCAGAGAAGUCUCCAGAUGUGUCGGCUCCUCAGAUAACUUCAGAGAAGUCUCCAGAUGUUGCUGCUCCUCAGAUAACUUCAAAGUCUCCAGAUGUUGCUGCUCCUCCGAUAACUUCAGAGAAGUCUCCAGAUGUUGCUGCUCCUCCGAUAACUUCAGAGAAGUCUCCAGAUGUUGCUGCUCCUCCGAUAACUUCAGAGAAGUCUCCAGAUGUUGCUGCUCCUCCGAUAACUCCAGAGGAGUCUCCAGAUGUUGCUGCUCCUCCAAUAACUUCAGAGAAGUCUCCAGAUGUUGCUGAUCCUCCAAUAACUUCAGAGAAGUCUCCAGAUGUUGCUGCUCCUCAGAUAACUUCAAAGUCUCCAGAUGUUGCUGCUCCUCCGAUAACUUCAGAGAAGUCUCCAGAUGUUGCUGCUCCUCCGAUAACUCCAGAGGAGUCUCCAGAUGUUGCUGCUCCUCUGAUAACUCCAGAGGAGUCUCCAGAUGUUGCUGCUCCUCCAAUAACUCCAGAGGAGUCUCCAGAUGUUGCUGCUCCUCCAAUAACUUCAGAGAAGUCUCCAGAUGUUGCUGCUCCUCAGAUAACUUCAAAGUCUCCAGAUGUUGCUGCUCCUCCGAUAACUUCAGAGAAGUCUCCAGAUGUUGCUGCUCCUCCGAUAACUCCAGAGGAGUCUCCAGAUGUUGCUGCUCCUCCAAUAACUUCAGAGAAGUCUCCAGAUGUUGCUGCUCCUCAGAUAACUUCAGAGAAGUCUCCAGAUGUGUCUGCUCCUCCGAUAACUUCAGAGAAGUCUCCAGAUGUUGCUGCUCCUCAGAUAACUCCAGAGGAGUCUCCAGAUGUUGCUGCUCCUCCAAUAACUUCAGAGAAGUCUCCAGAUGUUGCUGCUCCUCAGAUAACUUCAGAGGAGUCUCCAGAUGUUGCUACUCCUCAGAUAACUUCAGAGGAGUCUCCAGAUGUUGCUGCUCCUCAGAUAACUUCAGAGGAGUCUCCAGAUGUGUCUGCUCCUCAGAUAACUUCAGAGGAGUCUCCAGAUGUGUCUGCUCCUCAGAUAACUUCAGAGAAGUCUCCAGAUGUGUCUGCUCCUCAGAUAACUUCAGAGAAGUCUCCAGAUGUUGCUGCUCCUCAGAUAACUUCAGAGAAGUCUCCAGAUGUUGCUGCUCCUCCGAUAACUUCAGAGAAGUCUCCAGAUGUUGCUGCUCCUCCGAUAACUUCAGAGAAGUCUCCAGAUGUUGCUGCUCCUCCGAUAACUCCAGAGGAGUCUCCAGAUGUUGCUGCUCCUCCAAUAACUUCAGAGAAGUCUCCAGAUGUUGCUGCUCCUCAGAUAACUUCAGAGAAGUCUCCAGAUGUGUCUGCUCCUCCGAUAACUUCAGAGAAGUCUCCAGAUGUUGCUGCUCCUCAGAUAACUUCAGAGGAGUCUCCAGAUGUUGCUACUCCUCAGAUAACUUCAGAGGAGUCUCCAGAUGUUGCUACUCCUCAGAUAACUUCAGAGGAGUCUCCAGAUGUUGCUACUCCUCAGAUAACUUCAGAGGAGUCUCCAGAUGUUGCUGCUCCUCAGAUAACUUCAGAGGAGUCUCCAGAUGUUGCUACUCCUCAGAUAACUUCAGAGGAGUCUCCAGAUGUUGCUGCUCCUCAGAUAACUCCAGAGGAGCCUCCAGAUGUUGCUGCUCCUCCUAUAACUCCAGAGGAGCCUCCAGAUGUGUCGGACAUGCUGCAGUUCUGCAUGGAGUCCCCGGGGGGAGCGAGUGGAGUCUGCCUCAGCCUGAUGUCUCUGGGACUGCUGAGUGUCUUCAUGUCCAUCCCCAAACAGGUGGUGGUGGUGGACAGCAACCUGGUGGACAACGACGUGGUCAAGAGUUUGGUGGCGCUGGAAGAAGAGGACGAAGAUGAUGAUGAAGGUGAGGAUUGUGAGGGGAAGAAGAAACUGGAGGUGAAGUCACAUCAGGCGUCUCACACCAACUACCUGAUGAUGCGUGGAUACUUCUUUCCUGGCAUAGUGAAAAUCCGUAACCUGAACACUCUGGAUAACAUCGUGGUGGAGUCGUGCAUCAUGAAGCUGCAGCUGCGCAGCACUCCUGCUCACCAGCUGUUCAAUACAGAGAACUCUCCACCGCUGGACUUGUCUAAAUGCGGUCCAUCCCUGCUGCCCUCCGUCCUCUCCUCCUCCACCCGCUCUUCCUCCUCCACCCGCUCCUCCUCCUCCUCUCCCCACAGUGUGAAGGAGUGUGAGAGGCGUUUGGUUGAGCAGAGAGGUUACACUCCUCAGGACGUUAAAGCGUGUGCUCAGCUCAGGAAGAGUCUGGAGGCAGCGAGGGAGAGCGGUCUGGGGGUCCAGGACCUCUACGAGACUCACGCUCAGCUGCAGGAGGCGCAGGGGGGCCGAAGCAGGAGCCUGCAGCGGUACCUGAAGGAGCUGCAGGAGGAGGGCCAGGUGGUGAAGGUGGGGGGUCUGGGUCCUCGCUGGGUGCUGAUGCAGCACUCUGAGCCCUGGCUGCUGACCGUGAAGCAGCCCUCCAAGAAAUGGCACGAGUCCCGCCUCAACUCCAACAGAAUCCCCUUUCUGGAGAAGAACCACAACAUCCCCUUCAUGCGCAUGAGAACCAGGCGGGAGGUCCGAGAGGAGGAAGAGGAACCGCCGGCGAAAAGAUCAGCUUUGGAAAAACAAGGAGGCGAAGAUGUAGCGGGAUCAUCGAGUGACGCAACGGGAGAGAAACCAACUGAGGAAGAAGAGCUGGAGAGGAAGAAGGAGGGAAGUGGGGAGAAGAUGGUGAACUUGGAAGAGGAGGGAGGAGAGGUGGUGCUGUCUGAAGAGGAAAGCGAGCAGGAGAAAGGAAGGGAGGAGCUGGAGAGUGAGGAGAAACAGGAGGGAAAGAAAGAUAAUGGAGCAGAGAGCAUGGAGGAAGAGGAAUCCUCUCCAUCAACAAGCCCGACUGGUGUGGAGAAGGGGGAAAACGUGAGCUUCAUCAGCCGGCCGUGGCGCAUGGUGGACGGGAACCUGAACCGGCAGGUGUGUAAGGGCAUGCUGGAGGCCAUCCUGUACCACGUGAUGUACCGACCCGGACUCACGCAGCAGGCGCUGGUGGAGCACUACAAAGACGUGCUGCAGCCCAUGGCCGUGCUCGACCUGCUGCAGGCGCUCACAGACUCCGGCUGUGUGAUGAAGAAGACUCUGGUGAGAGCUGCUAAACCUUCGCUGUUCGCCCGCGCUGUGAAGACGAGCAGUGAGACGAAGGCGAUGAUGGAGGAACCGGACUGCGUGUUCUACGAGCCGACCAUCAGCUGCUGCCUGCGGCUCGGCCAGAUGCUUCCCAACGAGCGACACUGGAACAGCUGCAUGCCCUGAAGUCAUCCUGGAGCAUCAGAGACUUAAUAUGGCUUUUAAAGAUCAAGUUUAAAAUGUUCUCGCCACAACCAGUAUGUUGUGAUAAACCUAAAAGAUUUGAUUUGACAAAAUGUUUCAUGGCAUCAGGUUAUUUAACAGAUUUCACUUCUGGUUUUACAGAACAGGGAUUUCUUUGUACAUUUAUUUGUUAAAACCUUUCGUCUGUGUUCCUUUUUUGUGUGCUGUUAACAUUAAUAAUAAAAAGAAUAAUGAUUUGCA